AUGGAUCAAGAUGGCACUAUCUGGCAGCAGAUAGUCUUCUACGACGCAGGCGUGGGCACUGGCUCCUUGUCUUGGCUCGAAUCCAACCGCCAGGGCGCUACGGGUGAUGGCUUGGUAGCCAACGUGAUUGAAGGCUACAACUUCGUGGUCAACAACUAUUCGCCUGGCGACAAGAUUUAUUGCUUUGGUUUUUCCCGAGGUGCAUUCACCGCGCGAGCCAUUGCCGGUAUGAUCACUGACUUUGGCGUGAUCAAACCUUCUGAGAUGCGACACUUUGCAUCCUUGUUUGCAGCAUAUAAGACCAACACCAGCAAGUACACCUUCCGAAAGACCAAGGAAUAUUUCGAAUGGUUCGCUGGUAAGGCCCCACUUGUUCCAGAGAGCCAGAAAGGGACCACAUACCCCAAGAUUCCAUGGUACGACACGGCCAAGGGGACGAUCGAGUGGGAGGGGUCACGCUCGGUCGAGGUAGUUGGUGUCUUUGACACAGUGGGAAGCCUUGGGCUUGCCGAUACGUACCUGCGCAGUCAUGCAUCAAGUCGGCAACAAUACGAAUGGCUGAAUGUCAAGUGGAAUCCAUAUAUCAAACACGCAUUUCACGCACUGGCACUGGACGAUCGCCGUCAACCUUUUCUUCCCACGUUAUACUACAUUCCGAACGACAACGUGGUCGAAGAGGAGAAGACAGCAAUGAAGAAGGAUGAAGAAGACUGGCCCGAAUUGACCGAGCACCGCGCAGAGGUCGAUCGGGAGCUAGAGGAGUUGAGGAAGACUCGGAAGCCGGAUCUGGUACAAGUUUGGUUUACAGGUGUCCAUAUCAAUGUCGGUGGAGGUACGGAUGAUGCAAAGACAGAUCUCGAAGGUUUGGCCAACAUCACCUUUGCUUGGAUGGUGGAGAUGUGUAAGCCAUAUCUUGCCUUUGAAGAUUUUACCAACGCUACAAUCGUCGGCUAUGUGAACGCGAUGAUCGCAGACGUUGACGAACAGACCAAAGGAACAUGGCAAGAUGCUCCAGGCACUGUGAAAAAAGCCAUUGGAGCCGUUACCGGAACCGUUACCGGAGCUGUAGGCUCAGCUGGCAGAUGGGUUGGCUCAUUGUUUGCAGGCGCAGAUAACAAUGCAGCCCUGAAGGAGAAGCUGGUCAGAAGCUACUGCUACAGUGUCAUCGCGAACCCACCCUAUCAGCCGACCCACUGGGCGUUGUUCCGGCCCCAGGACAGUUACACCCUCAUGUAUAAAGGCAUGUCAUUUCCAGCGACCAGAACACCCGGUGCUUGCGACGACAGAUCCGCCGAACCCUACAAAUUGUUGACAGACCUGGGCCAAACCAACGAGUACAUCCAUCCUUCGGUGCAAUGGAGGCUGGAGCAAUCCAGGAUAAACGACGAAGAUGAAUACCGAUAUAACUCAGAGGCACUCAAGGGUUUUGUCUACACGGAGAAGGAUGGUGUUGCUGGUUGGUCCAAGGGCAAGCUCUGGAUUCAAGAAUGGGCUAUCAAAGGAGCUCUGCGGGAUGAGGAUCCAACCAAGCCUGGUGAGAACGCUGAGAUGGCACUCAUUGACCAAUGUCUUGACAAGGUCGAGGUGCGCAAAUUUUUGAAGUCUCAUACCGUGGCCUGGCAAAAGACACAAAAACUGCAGCCAAAGCCAAAGAAGUAG